UACUUACUCAGUUUUUGUAUAUUUGGUGAUGCAGUGAAAGAGAAAGACUUGAAGUCAGGUGCCAGUGAGAUCAUUCAUGACAAGUAGCCCUACCAGUGUGGAAGAGGAUGGCUAUCAUGGUUUCAACUAUCAAUCUUUCUCACCAAUGACUGUAUGAUGGUCAACAAACACUGAUAUGUCAUCAAUUGAACUGCUGGACAGCUUAUUUUAUUGGUAGUUAUAAAGCAAAGGUGUUUGCAACUGUUUAAAUACAGUCAUAUUGAAAAUCCUGUUUACAGGAAACUAAUUUGCGCUCAAGGGCACUCCCAUUCGUGAACACACACUUUUACUUGAUCACUGUGUUACUCUCUGAUUGUGAUGAACAUAUUCAGGAAACUAAAAGGGACGCAUCCCCUAAACUAAAGCUCUUAGUCCUGAAUCUAAACUAAAGCUCUUAGUCCUAAAUCUAAACUAAAGCUCUUAGUCCUAAAUCUAAACUAAAGCUCUUAGUCCUAAAUCUAAACUAAAGCUCUUAGUCCUGAAUCUAAACUAAAGCUCUUAGUCCUGAAUCUAAACUAAAGCUCUUAGUCCUAAAUCUAAACUAAAGCUCUUAGUCCUAAAUCUAAACUAAAGCUCUUAGUCCUAAAUCUAAACUAAAGCUCUUAGUCCUAAAUCUAAACUAAAGCUCUUAGUCCUGAAUCUAAACUAAAGCUCUUAGUCCUGAAUCUAAACUAAAGCUCUUAGUCCUAAAUCUAAACUAAAGCUCUUAGUCCUGAAUCUAAACUAAAGCUCUUAGUCCUAAAUCUAAACUAAAGCUCUUAGUCCUGAAUCUAAACUAAAGCUCUUAGUCCUAAAUCUAAACUAAAGCUCUUAGUCCUAAAUCUAAACUAAAGCUCUUAGUCCUAAAUCUAAACUAAAGCUCUUAGUCCUGAAUCUCUAAUGAGAGGAGCUGGUGCUUGUUUUGUCAUGUUGGUGCUUUUCUACAGUAUUUAUUAUUCUGGGCACGCACUGCCUCCCUCUUUCUUUCCUCAUAUUAUUCAACUGUGUGAAGUCCUGUCUACUUCCUGUAGAGAGGCCAUGCUCAUAUUAGGUGACAGGAAGUGAUGCGGGGGAAAGCCAAGCUCCCCCAAAAAGCAGAAUGAGGUUGUUGCUGCUACAGGAUGGCCUACCAUGAGUGAAUGCUGAAAGAAAUGCACAUACUAUGUUUAGUCGGAAACUUUGUUGACCAGGGGAACAGAAACCCAUUCAUCUGUGAAUUUUUUUUAUUUUUAAAGGCCCAGUGUUGUCAAUGUAAUUGUCCUUUGUUUUAUAUAUAUUUCCACACUAUGAGGUUGGAAUAAUACUGUGAAAAUGAUGAUAAUGCCCUUUUAGUGUAAGACCUGUUUUGAAAAGACCGCCUGAAAGUUCAACCUGUUUUGGUGGGAUGGAAUUUCAGGCCUGCCUGGUGUCCUCACCAAUAAGAAAGAGUUACACACCUCUCUGCCAAUAACAGCAGUUUUCCCCUCCCCACUCAGAACAUUCCCAGACGGUCCUAGGAAUAUAAUUGUUUCUAUUUUAGUUUCUUUUUGACCAAUUUAUUUGAAAACAAUCACAGUGAGGUACUUAAUAAUUACCCAGAAAUUAUUUGCUAUUGAGAUAAAAACAGCUUCAUUGGAUCCUUCAGAACAGAAACUCAUCAUGUUCCCUACAUGGCCUUGCUUACUCCACUUCCUCUGUGGAGAAGGCCUACACCUUUAGACUGUCCAACAGCUGUGAGUGUUGUACACCUGUGAGACUAUGCUCAUCAACGUUCUUCCGACUGUGGUGGAACCAGCUGCUAUUAGUUUUUUCACUAACAACUGAGCAGACAUCUGCAAAACAAGAGAUAUAAUCAUGAGGUUGAACUUGGCAAUAUUGUGAUGGGAAAUGUAUGUCAAAGGUUAUGAUACAGUUAAUGAUGCUGAUCUUUCGCUCGCUGUCCCUGUUAUGCUGAGUAGUCAUUCAGAGAAUGUGUUUUCCCAACACCUUUGUGGUUGUUUCCAUUUUAAUGUGUAGAUCAGGAAGGAAGGAGUAGUGUAAAGUCUACCAAACACUUUCGUGAAAAGGGCAAAAUCAUAGUUGCAUGGGUGAGAGCACACUGUGAAUCGUUCACACUGUAUUUUUGAAAAACAGUUUCAUUUAGUUUUUCCUCUAGAAACAUGGGUUGUGAUGAGUAGUUUGCCGGUAGAUUGUUCCAGGCAGCAGUAGGAAGUAGGUUUGAAUAAUUACCUGGUAUUUUAUACUUGCCACUCCUGUUUACAUCUGAGUUCCUGGCAAAAAAAGAGUUUUCUAAUCCUAAUUAACAUCUGUCUCACUAAGCAGUGAGGUUAGAGAGUUCAGAACCCAUUCAAGGUGACUGUGGAUUUGGACCCUAUAAAAUGAUACUUUGAGAUUUUUCCCCAGAGUCAGAUGAACUUGUGGAUACCAUUUUUAUGUAUCUGUGUCCAGUAUGAAUGAAGUCAAAGGUAGUUUUGCGAGCUAAUGCUUACUAGCGUUAGCGCAUUGACUGGAAGUCUAUGGGUAUCUGCUAGCAUGCUAAAGUAUCCCUUUUAUUAAGUUUGCUUUGUUGAUUAUUACUGACGACAAAUACAUCUGAAUAUUGUAAUACGCCAUAGCUCUGAUAAUGCAUUUCUCUCACUUAUUAUAUAUAAGAUGUGGUUAACUGCAAUGAGUUAGCUGUAAUGGAAAUGAUUCACACAAAGAGACCAUUCUGUUCAUGCAGUCCUCCAUUGUUAAUCAGAGAGUAAAGUUCCUAAUUUAAUCUCUCUUUCCCCUUUACAACCACAAGUAUCCCAACACCAAAAAUAGCCAGAACAUGCAGUUAGGUUGGUGGAAUGAAUCAGUCCGUAGGUCCCAUGCCUUUUGAACAGAGGUUAUUGCUUCCCAGUGGAAACAACACAAACAUCAAAAGGUGGCUGCAGGACAGAUAAAUGCUGCCGUUGUCCUUUCAAGUCCCCUUGAAGCAGAGGCCACAAACAGGUCAGAAAUUACCAAGCCACCCAACUGAGUCCACCCAACUGAGUCCACCCAACUGAGUCCAACGUCAAUCUGCUUGCCUCGUCACAGUUCAAUGUAGAUGCUUAAGAUACGUUGCAUAAACACAUUUAAACAUGAAAGCAGUUGCAGAAAUAGUUCAUACUUUUCUGUAAUCCACGAAUCAGACUAAACUACAUUCCUGCAUCCUUAUUGAAUCUCCCUGCCUGGCUGUUUCCUCCUGUAGAGAGUUAAAUUACCCCCGACUGACUCUGGGGAGAGAUGCAGAUUACCCCUGACUGACUCUGGGGAGAGAUGCAGAUUCCCCAUGCCUCAUUUCCAUCCUUAUCUAACAGUCAGAUCUUGCACCCCUGCACCCGUCCCUUGGAUGUCAACGGAAGCCCCUCUCCCCUCCUCUGGUGCUUCCUUGCUAGUAUAUUUGUCCUUGUGGGUCUGGAGGCUGCUGGUUUCCCUGUACUCCCUCUCAGAAGGCAGGCAGCCAUCGUCAGGGCAAGGAAAGGCAAGGCAGGCACAGUGGGCGGCAAGGCAGGAAGCACACAACACAGGGUGCAAUCAACAGCUCUGAAAGGGCAUGAGGCACAUUCCAGGGGAAACGUCUAGUUUCCUGUCCGCUUGUCCGGUUCAGGGUUAAGAUUUGAGACUGCAGGUUUUCUGUCUGUAUUAGGGUUUUAGAGAUUUAGAGGAGAGUGUGGUGUGUGUCUCUCUGAGUCUGCCUUAGCGCGCCCUCUCUGUGUCUCAGUCUGAUUUAAAAGUUAACAGAGUCAGAGUGGUGUGGUUCUCUCAUUGGGUUUAUUCAUGGAACUCCUCAGGGAGAGCUCAGCAGUUCAGACCCUCAGGAGGCGAAUGAGCAGGAGAAACAUGACUUCAGCAGAGAUCUCCUGGCCCAUCCCCAUGAGGGCCAUCGGGGCCCAGAACCUGCUCACCAUGCCAGGGGGUGUGUGCCACUCUGGGUAUGUGCACAAGAAAGGAGGGAGCCAGUUCAGCCUUAUGAAGUGGCCUCUUCGCUACUUAAUCAUCCACAAGGGAUGUGUGUAUUACUUCAAGAGCAGCACCAGUCCUGCACCGCAAGGAGCUUUCUCUCUCAAUGGCUACAACAGGGUGAUGAGGGCAGCAGAAGAGACCACCUCCAGUAACGUGUUUCCCUUCAAAAUUGUCCACUUCAGUAAGAAGCACCGUACCUGGUACUUCUCAGCAGCCAGUGAGGAUGAGAGAAGGAAAUGGAUGCGAAAUCUGCGGAAAGAAAUUGAUCACUACAAUGACAGAAGGGAUUCACAUGUUUCAAGUGACUCCGAAUCUGAUGCAGACAGCUUCUAUGGAUCGAUCGAGCGCCCCAUGGACAUAACCCAUACCAUAGAUGACCCAGAAGGCAAUUACAUGUUAGAGGAUGAAGACGACGAUGAGGAUGACUAUGAAAAACCAGAUAGCCCACCAACACCUACAGGAAGGCCAACCGUUCCACCACCAUCCUACCCACCUCCUCCAGUCCCAUGCCAGUUCAUACAUGAGUCCAUGUCAGGAUUCUGCAAAGGUCUCCCCCCUCCUGUGCUUGGCCCCAUCAGGAGCCCCACCAGCCCCCUUCCAAAGAAACCGCCAGCGCCCUUACCUCCCCCCAAGCUCGGUGAGGUCAGCCACAACCACCAUGGACACAAGAACAUCCCAAAUAAGGGCCCCCCUCAACCUCCUCCCAUCCACCUCAAGCCUAGCCCAGAGAGGAGUGCAUGGAGUCCUAAGAGCCCGAUCCCCCCUCCCCCUCCCAUGGCCAACCUAAAGAAGCAGGCAAUGAUGGGGCAGAUGUCAAUCUCCACCAUAGCUGGGGGGAAGCAUAAAGACAGGAUGCCCCCUGUUCCAGUGACCAUGCAGUCUCCCGCCACCCUGAUCAUCAGCAGCGACCUGGAAAGGAAAAUGGUGCUGCACUCCAGCCCUAGUCCACCGGGUUUUCGUGGCAACAAACCCAGCCACAUUCCGGGCAUGCCAAACUACUGCCUCAGCUCCAGACCAGCUCCAGAUCUCCCACCACAGGCCUUGCCAGCACUGAACCACACCAAGCCUGGACUGUACAAACCACCCCUGGUACCCAAACUUCCAUGUCCUGCGGCCAAGCCUAAACCACCUGGAGGGUCAGCACAAAGAUCUUCUCCAGAUGGACAAAGCUUCCGGACCCCAGUGGACGAGGUGCCUGUCUCUUUAAGAAAGAGCAGGGAUCCAUCCAAGGACACUGACUAUGACUCUGAUGAAGACUAUGAGAAUAUGCAAUUACCAGAUUCUGUGUUCCUGGACACAACAGAAACAAGCAGUGUUGAAAAGUUAUUUAAGGAAAGCUCCAGAACACCGCAGGACGGUCUCUACUGCUUCAGGAACUCAGGAACAAAAACAUCAAAGGUGCUGGUGGUGUGGGAUGUGAGUGUGUGCAAGGCCAGAAACUACAGGCUCUUUGAGGAGGACUCCCGGCUGUUCCUGGAGUUAGAGAUGACAUUUCCCUCCCUGUCAGCCCUAGUGGAGCACUACCAUAGCCACCCACUACCCAAUCACGGCUCUCUGUGUCUGCAGAAGCCAUAUGGUUACAUCGUGCCAAGGUGACCUUGCCAUGACCCCGUCCUGAGGUCACGGCCUCAUCUGCUCAUAUGAAGUCUCUCCUCUUUGGAGUCUACCAUGGUUCUGCCACUGUAAUGAACUACAGUAGAAACUUACUACGGCUGAAACACAACCACAGUGCCCACUGUAAAGCAAGGCAGAUUGUUGCAUCUCUGUAACCGAGCCUGAGUAAAUGUUGGAGCGGUUCUGGUGAAUAUCCUGGCAUGGGCAGAGGCGCAACGAGUGCAGAUGGUUGCAGUUGUUGAAGAAAAUAUGGCAUAUGUGACAAUGAGGGCAAUGAGCUGUAUAGGUCUUCCUGUAUGCUCAACUGGAGUGCCACAGGUUUACAGAACACAGUUGUACUAUGUGAGGACUACUGCAGGAAUAGUGCUAUAAAGGUCUGUCAUUACACUUGAUAGCAGCAGGCAGGUGAACUGCUGUUGUGUGAAGAAUACAUGUUGGAGCAAGCAAAUGUUAAGAUUUGUGGGUUGAAUGCACAUGAAUGUCAGAAUAUUAAGCACUGCUUAUGUAUCAUGCAUUGAGGACCAACUUAUUCUACAAAUCAAGUUGAUGAAACGUAUCAUAUUAUCUUCAGAAAAAAAAUAUUAUUCAGACCACAACACAAACGCUCUACCUCCAUAUUUACUCUUUUACCUCUCUGUCUGUCUCUUUCUCUCUACCUGUCUCUGUCCCUUAAUCUUUCUCUCUUUACUUCACCAUCUCUCUCUCCCUCUCCCUCCCUCCCUCCUCUCCCCUCCCUCCCUCCCUCCCUCCCUCCCUCCCAUGCUUACAUAAUGAUAACUGUGACAUAUGGUGCACAAAACCAGUGCUAUCUAUGAUCAUGUAAUCACACUUUAAAUGAAACUGCCCACACGUGUAGUAUUGCACUGUAUAGAAUUGUAUGUAUUGUAAAAAUAAUUUUGUAAAGUUGUAAAUAUAUUAUUUCUGAUUAUAAGAAAAAUAUUUUAGAAUGGAUAACAGCAGAAGGCAGAUACAUAUUCCAUUGGGUGGCGCUGUUUGGUGACGCACCAUUUAACCAUGCCCAUGCAAUAGUCUUGAGUGUGACUGCAUUUAUGUUGAAGAUGCACUAUGUUAUUUAUCUUUACCAUAAACAAAAAUAUUGUAUUUGAAGCUGGUGUACAAAACCAAAAGUACAAGAUGCAAAAACGGAACUUAAGAACGGGAAGCAUAGAGAUAGUGCACAUAGAACAGCUUUACCGCUUCUUAGGCUUGCUUUCAAUGAGAAUGAAAGAUCUAUGACUCUCAUGUCUAUGUGAAUUUGGUCAGUCACCCAAAAAGUUACAUAUUGUAGCUUUAAGUCACAAAAAAUAAUGAACUGAAAUGACAUCCACAUAAUUACAAUCAGACUUUUUUCAGUAGAGAGUAUUUUAGGGGAAAUCAUGGCUACUAUAUAUUUCUAUGUUGUAAUCUUGCCUCAUCUGUGUGUUAUUCUCCAGCCAUGAGGACAAGUGCAACAGAAUCACACACUGGACACUCACUGAUAGUGAUGGGCAGAUAUUAGCUCAGAUAAAAUCGAAUCCACCAUUUUUCACCCUCAUUUUCAUUACCUCCAGCACAAUACCAGUGUCUACACAUGUGAAAACGGUGCAUUUCUACGUUUUGUAGAAACAAAUAUAUAAAGUAAAAAAAUGAUCACUCUGGCUAGAGACAUGUUUUUCUAACUUUUAAACCUACCCUGUGAUGUCAUAGACAACCGUCUAAAAAAAUAUAUAGCAAUACAUUUAUUUUGUAUAGCGCUUUUCAUUAGUGUUACCACAAAGCUCUACAUAGGCAAAAAUAAUUAUAAUAAAAUAAAUACAAUAUAAACAUCAUACAUUUAGAAUCAAGGCAGGAAAUAGCAAUUAUAAAUCCUAAAAAGAUGAAGAAAGAGGGACUAUAAGAAAGAUGUGUUUUAAGGCCCAUUUUAUAAGUUCAAAUUUUAGUACCUUAUCAUUUUAACCACAGGUCAUAGAAACACACUGUUUUAAUAUAUAUAGACACUGGUUUGGUGCAGAGAUGAUGAAUAUGAGGUUGAAAAGUGGCAGAAUUGCACUUUAAGGAAUGCUACAGCAGCAACACAAGCAUCAGAGGAGCUGGUUCAUUAAACAUGCAUACUAAAUAAAU